AAUGUGAAACCAAAUCCGAGCAGCAGGUCACAGCGCCUAGUUAUUUUAAAACCAAUACUCAGCUACAUCGACAGGACCAUGGAAGUAACGCGGAACGGGCAGUUUAAAGAAACAAUCGUCGCCUUGAGAGAUACAGAGUAAAAUGAGGGAGCGCCACUACGCUGGUUUAAUGUGUAUUGUUGUUUGGCUGCUCGUGCGUCUCCAAUGUCUCUGCCCGUAGUUCUGCCUGGAUCUUGUUGUCGUUUAUCAGGGGCUGCUCUGGCCCAUCAGUUCGCUAACGCCUCUUACAGAAGUCGCAGCCGCUGUGUGUCCGCUCUCCCGGCCCGUAUGUCUGGAUCGCAGACGCGGAUGAUCCCGGCGCUGCUGCCCGCUCGCCCUCUGCUCUCCCUCGGCUUGCUGCAGCUGGUUCUCGGCUGCUCCAUGGUGGCGCUCUCUUUCGGGGCUCUGUCCCUUAGCAACUCGCCCCCUAUUAGAAACUCCUGUCCGUUUUGGGCCGGCUCUUCUGUCAUCCUCUCUGGGAUUAUAGGACUAACCACAUGGAAACGGCCAAUGCUAUUAUUGGUAAAUCUAUUUGUAUUGCUGUCAGUGGUCUGUAUCCUGCUAAACCUGGCUGGGUUCAUCCUCUGCUGUCAGGGGGCUCAGCUGAUCUCCAGUACCAUUAACUGCCAGCUGAGUGAGCAGGGCGAUCUCUGUUACUGUUGUGCAGAAACACCAAGCGCACAGUGCAAAGAGGACAAGUUGAUUAAGAUCUACGCAGGUCAUGCAUGUGGCACAAUGAGAAUCCUGCUCAAGAAAGUGCUCUUUGCAUUGUGUGCGCUGAAUGCUCUGGCCACAGCUGUGUGUCUGGUUGCUGCUGCGCUCAGAUAUCUCCAGAUCUUCUCAACCAGACGGCCCUGCAUGGAAGAGGCCAGGCCUGUCCCAGAGGAAGUGGAUGAGCAGACUCAUCUUCCUGACCCAGACGAAUUUGUAGCCCCUGCACCUCCUCCUUCAUACUUCUCCACCUUCUACUCUUACACCCCUCGUCUGGCUCGGAGGAUGUUUGGUGACGGUAUGAUUCCUCUUCCUCAUAUAUACGGUGCCAGAAUUAAAGGAGUGGAGGUGUUCUGUCCUCUAGACCCUCCUCCACCUUAUGAAGCUGUUGCACCGCAGCCAGCAGCUCAGGCCCAGAAUACUGAGGUGCAAAUGACCGAUCUGACCGAGGUCCUCACAGAGAGUGCAGAGACGGAGACGCCCAGUGAUGACCAGAGCUGUCAGACGGCCAUAUUGAGCCCCACCCCGCCGAGACAGUCCUCACCACACCCUCACAGCACAGUCUCCAACAGCCGAAAACCCCACAGACCUCGCCUCCGCAGGUCCAACAGCGACCCCGUCCUGCUAGACCUGACCGCCAAAGUAAUGAGUUGUGAAGCCGCUACACAGACAGAAUUAGGCCUGGCGUCAGCGACAGGAACGGAGCAUGGGACGGUUACGCUACGACGGGGCCGUGGCAAACGGAAGCCUCGUCCCAACUCCAUGGUGGACUACCAGAACUAUAGAGACACAAAACUGCUGGUGGCACGUUUUCUGGAGCAGUCGUCAUGCAGCUUGACCCCUGAGGUACAGGAGCUGGUCAACAGCAUCAAAACCGUGCUGCGCUCUGAUGAGGAACACAUGGAGGAGGCCGUUCGCUGUGCCAGCUUCAUCGACCAGGCCAUCACAGUUUCAGAGGUUGCACCAGCUCAAUCGGCGCAGACGGAGCUCCCAUCCAACACGCUGCCGCUGCGCAAACGUCCGGGCGUCCUUCACCUGCGCAGCUGUGGCGAUCUCAGCUCCUUCACCUGCGCACAGCUCACAGGCACCCGUUCUCGGACUAAUUCCAGGAUGAGUUCUCGGGCAGGAUCCCGCCGCCUGGAACAGGAACGCCCACACAGCCUUAUAGGAGUCUUCCGAGAAACUGUCCUCUGAGCGACGUCUCAAACAGACUGGAUAUGCGCGGAAAGCGAGGAAACAGACUCUGUCCCAGUCGGGUGAAGGUAUGGUGAACACCACAACGUGACGGAAGCUAAGCUUUGUAUAGAGUACAGAUGAUUUCACUUCAUUUUCUGUUUUUGUUUGUCAGUGUGUAUACUGAAUAUUAUUCAUUUUUAAUUUUAGUUGGAAUUCCAGCUGUUGCUUGUUUUUAUUUUUUCACAUGAUUAUAAUAAAACACUGGGGGAAAAAAAAAAAAAUGUUUAUUUACCAAAUGUCCAUGUUCCUUAUUUAAAAAUGAUUUAAAAAUAGACUAUGUGAAAAAUACAAUAAUCAUUAUAUUAAGAGAAACAUUAAAAUAGUAUGGCUAUAUUUAGCUUAAUGUG